AGCAGAUAGGAAGUGGUUUGCAUUGAUUAAGGGUUGUUUGGAAGUGAAGAAGAAUUAAUUAUUUGCGUUUUUGGAUUGCAAUUUGCAUUUCUAGAUUUGUGGAGUAGAUUGAAAGAGUCGGGAUCUGGCAGACUUUUGCAAGGAUCUUUCAACAUUGUAGUCCUCAGUGUGCCCCAUUUUGCAAAGGUUCGGAGGAAGACGGAAGCAUAGCUGAGAUGCAUCAUUGUGAUGAGAGCCCACGACCUCUUCACCAGCUACAGCCACCCACAUCCUUUGAGAGCUGGAGGCAGCUGGAAAGAUUGAUCUUCCCUUCCUCGCUGUGGCUUCCGUCUCUCUGAGGUCAGCUGCCAUGCAUCCACCCCCAGAAUCCAGGCCACGCUUUGGCUCCCACGCACUCCUACGGCGGGCUGGUUGCUGGCACCUUCUUUACUUACUGUCUGAGUAAUGCCAGUUGUCUGUAGCACACUGUUGUGCAGCUGUGCCUUGGUUGGACAAGAGGUCUCUCUCCUCGGUGCUCUCGUCUGUGACUGCUCCUGUUGCCUCUCUGAAAACCCAGGUUUGAGGCCAACUACAACCUGUGUGAUCCAUUGUCAUGGCUGACACCAUUUUUGGCAAUGGGAACGACAAGUGGGUGUGUCCAAAUGACAGGCAGCUAGCCCUUCGAGCAAAGCUUCAAACUGGCUGGUCGGUGCACACGUUCCAAACUGACCGACAGAGGAGGACGCAAGCGUUGAACUCAAAGGAAAUGGAGAUUAUUUUGGAGGUCAUCCAUAGGGCUGAGAAACUGGACAUUGUGGAGCAGCAAAGAAUCGGGCGACUAGUGGAGCGGCUGGAGAACAUGCAGAAGAACGUGAUGGGCAACGGAUUGUCCCAGUGCUUGCUGUGCGGAGAGGCCCUGGGUCUGCUGGGGAGCACGGCGGUCUUUUGCCAAGACUGCAAAAAGAAAGUGUGCACCAAGUGCGGCAUUGAAACCCUGAACGCUCAGAAACGGCCUGUCUGGUUUUGCAAGAUCUGCAGUGAGCACAGAGAGGUUUGGAAGCGAUCUGGCGCCUGGUUCUACAAAGGUCUCCCUAAGUACAUCUUGCCUUUGAAAAACAGCAGUAGCAGCAAAACCGGAGAGUUACAUCUGAGGCCUCAUCAUGCAGAGAUGCCAACGCUGGAGGCCAAGGGAGCCUCUCCCAGUCGUACUUAUACCUGGGCCAGGGGUAAAGUUGUCUCCAGCGACAGCGAGAGCGACUCAGAGUUCAGCUCCUCCAGCUUGGACGAUCGGUCUGUGCCUGCUGGGUUGAAAGGUUUCAAGAUCAGGCAACACCGAACAGAGUCGAUGUCCAGUAGUGAGGCUGUACGUACCCCCAGCAGAAACACCAGCCGGGUCCUGGGCAGCAUUCGGUCUGAGAGCCAGAGCAGCCUGAGCAGCGAGCGAGGAGGUGGGCUGAGCGCCACGGAGAGCUGCCACAGCGACCUGCCAGCUGAGGACGAGGACAGUGACACUCACCACAGUGUGGCCGGGAAAAGAAGUCUCCUGAGAAGCCACUGGUGAUGAUGGGGUUCUACGGCAUGUGCCAUUUUCCCGUCUGCCCAUUGCAUGGUACUCUUGUGUAGAUGUCAACUCCAGGAUUUAGGAGGAGAAGUGAGACCUGUCGUGGCCUUUAUAGGGCCACCCUUUCCUGGGCAGAGAAGAGGAUUUCACCAUGGAUGCCCCACUGUGUUUGUCUUUGCACCUGCAUCAUGCUUGUCUUGCCACCAAACCAAACAGCUAGAGGAUAGUGAGGUUUGGCCCAAAGUGUGUGCUCAUAUCUGUGCGGUAUUGUAGGGAUGGAAGAAUCAAGAACCCAGAGGCUGUGAGGUAGGCAACCUAUUUACAACGAGCUCUGGACACUGAGGUACUAGAUGGAGGAUUCUGGGCAUAAAGAAGGGCCGGUUUGCUGUCCCUGUGUUCCUGGGGAGCAAACUGUCCGCAUGGCUUGUCGGUGAUCCGUUUUGUGUGGCCAAGCGAGGGAACGAAGGGGAGACAGCCACCCCUCCUUCUUUCUUCUCUGUGUCUCCUCAAAGUGACCUUCUCAGCCAAAAGAGUUGAUGGAUUAGGCUUAUCACACAAUAACCAUGUAGUCUGGUUUGAGGUGUGGGUGGGGAUGGGAAUGAAGUUACUGGAAAUUGCCUUCUCGGAUGCUCCACAAAUGCCUCUGUUUAUAUCUAGGGCUUUUUUUACACUACACAAUAAUAAGCAUGAGGAUUUCAUUUGAACUGGGAAGAUCUGUUUUGCAUAGUCUGUCAGAGAGCUCUGGUGCGACUCUCUGGGAUCUGUAGCACUGAAAGUGGUAUCAUAGCGCUAUCAUUAUGCAGCAUAAAAGGGUCCCUAGUCUCUCUAUGUGGCACAGAGUAUGUUAUAUUGUGUUAAGAGGCUGGCUGCAUGUUUUUGCUGUGUAUUCAUAGUUUCUUAGUAUCUUGUGAUGGAAGGCAUCUUGUACGUGACCUUUUAUUGGUGAACUCUGUUGUUUUUCCGCAUGAACUGGGAAUGAUAAUAAAGAACUUCACACUUUC